ACAAAAAUGACCAACCAUACUAACCAGCUGCUCCCCUUCGAAAGCUCCGCCGACGAAACCUCGCGACUCUCGCCCCCCUACACUCUUUACAUUUACUUCCCCUUUUAAAACCCAUCAUCUUUCACACUUCUUCUUCCCCAGCAACAAUGGCCACCGCAGCUUCCGCUAACUCACUGCUCCUCACUUCUCCUCCUUCUUCUUCUUCAAUCACUCAUAACCAUGCCUUCACUCCAUCUCGAAUUUCAUUUCCCAAUUUAAGAUCUCAUUUUGAUUUCAAACAAACCAAAAAUCUGACCACUACUCGUUGUUCUCUUGAAAAUGCUGCUGCUGCUGCUAAAGACCCAAAAGAAGACAACACUCCAAUUGAGCUAAAAUUUCCAGCCUAUCCUACUGUUAUGGACAUUAACCAGAUUCGUGAGAUUUUACCGCACAGGUUUCCAUUUCUGCUGGUGGAUAGGGUGAUUGAGUACAAUCCAGGAGUUUCAGCUGUUGCUAUCAAAAAUGUCACUAUUAAUGAUAAUUUCUUUCCUGGACAUUUCCCUGAGAGGCCUAUUAUGCCUGGUGUCCUCAUGGUUGAGGCAAUGGCACAAGUGGGUGGGUUGGUGAUGCUGCAACCAGAAGUUGGGGGUUCUCGGGACAAUUUCUUCUUUGCCGGGAUUGACAGAGUAAGAUUUAGGAAACCAGUAAUUGCAGGUGAUACGUUGGUAAUGAGAAUGACAUUGGUGAAGCUGCAGAAACGCUUUGGAAUAGCCAAGAUGGAAGGAAAAGCAUAUGUUGGAGGUGAUGUUGUAUGCGAGGGUGAGUUUUUGAUGGCUAUGGGUAGUGAAUAAUCUGCUAGCAGUUUCCUGUUUUUGAUCUUUGUUUUUGGAAACUCUUAUGCAAACUUAUUUGGAAGUAGCAAUUUCAUCUUCAUUCAACUCUAAA